GCGUAAAGCGAGAGCGCUUUGUGUCUUUCAUUCAUCCCUGUCAAGGCUGCCGCUUCCUCUCACACUUCCAGCUCUCCCUACUCCCUUCCCUCUCCUCCGACGCCGGCAAAACUCAAUUCUCCGUCUGGUCUCCUCUGUAGAGCUCCGUGCUCCUCUUCCCACCUGCGCGGAACCGCAGACCUGACAGGUCUCCAGAGGAUAACGCGCAUCACGACGUAAAGCGGCGACAAGGAGUUUAUUGUUGUCAUCUUUUUUUUUUUUUUUUUUUUGUAUUUCAUUUUGUCGGAGGAGACGACGCUGCUCGAAAUAAGAUAUAGGAGAAAACGAUGUUUGCGCAUGGCGCAGAGUCCCACUGAGCUCUGACGGAUUUUAAGGAACAGGUGCGUUAAAGGAAUAGACAGGACAGCUGGCGGAUGGUUGGCGAUUUCCAGAGAGAAGUCUCUGCCUCUGCGCAAGGUUUUGAUGAAGAUGAAGUCUGUGGGUGUGGUGGAUGGAGGUUUAUUCACAGAGAGCUACUGCAACAUCUGUAAUGCUCAGCUCAUCUCUGAGUCCCAGCGCACAGCUCACUAUGAGAGUAAAAAACAUGCAAACAAGGUACGUCUGUUCUACAUGCUUCACCCUGAAGAUGGAGGACCACCUUCUAAAAGACUGAGGCCAGAUAACCCAGAUUGCGCAGAAACAGAAGUAGACAGAAACAAGUGCUGUACCUUGUGUAACAUGUUCUUCACCUCUGCCAUUGUGGCCCAGUCCCACUACCAGGGCAAAACCCAUGCCAAGAGAGUGCGUCUAGUCCUCGGGGAACCACCAAACCUACCCACAGCCAUAACCAGUCCUACAAACACAGAUUCCUCACCUUCCACCCCACUAACCUCAGACUCCAACACUUCCCCUGCCUUACCCUGGCCAACGCCGGAGCUCAGUGGAAAUGGUGGCAGAGAGGCUGGGAAGUACUGCUGCCUAUGUGGAGCCUGGUUCAACAACCCUCUGAUGGCCCAGCAGCACUAUGAGGGAAAGAAACACCGCAGAAAUGCUGCCAGGGCACGCCUGCUGGAGCAGCUAGCAGGCAGUCUGGAUGCCACAGAGAGCACAGGACUGCGUAGUAGUUACUCUUGCAGUGUCUGCAGUGUGGUUCUUAACUCUAUCGAACAGUACCAUGCACAUCUCCAGGGCUCCAAGCACCAGAACAACCUAAAGCAACACCAGCAGUAAGUCAGACCACACGGGGAGGAGGAAGCAAUGAAGACAAAGUGAAAUAAACAACUUCAGAAUAAAAAGAGGACUUAGUGCCAGAAAACAGAUUAAGUACAGUGUGUAUGUUAGUGUGUGGGUGUGUUUGUAAAGGUGUGUGUUGUGGCAUCUAUGCACAUAUCUCUAGUGUGUGUGUAUGAUUGGAGAUGGGGGGAAUAGGGCAUAAUUGUUUGUUUAUUUCUACAUUCGGUAUGUAGUAUUUGAACUGUCUGAGGAAGACCUGCAGAUUGAGGAUUACCAUGUAGCUCCUCUGUGAAUCACAAUCAAGAAUUUAACUGAUGUCACUGCAUUAUCCAGACUGGUAAUAACCAUUAAGAUGAUCACAUGAGUACUAAUAACUCUGUGACUAGAGUUCGCCUAAGUGCUCUGACAGUGAUCUAAGACUGAGUUUAUCCUUUGUUUAUGUGUUUGAAAUAUAGUGUCUUGCAAAAGCAUUUAAAGCCCUCACUCUUUUAAACUAAGACCACAUAUUUCAAUGGAUUGGGCAGAGAGGUGGGAGGGGUUAACACAAUUCAUAUUGUUUUAAAUGUAAAAAUCUUAAAGUGUGACAUGUUUAUUAAGCCUCAGUAAGUCAAUCAUUUAUCUUAAACCACCUUUCCACUCCAAGAGAGAGCUGAAUAAUUUGUAAUUAAUCUGCACAAUGUGUUUCUCUCUGUUAGGGAUGUCCCCAUACAACUUUAACAUUUCUGAUUUGAUACUGAAUUUGGUGCUUCGACAUUUGAAUAUUGAAAAACGGCUUGAUCAAGUGAUGUUACUUAAAGGGAGAACAAUAGUCAAAAACAACAGGUAUAAGUUCAAGACCCACUCAUAAUUAACAAAUGGGUUACAUACAUUGUAAACAAGUGAAUAGAUGUGUAGUGUUUCUAUAAGCGUGCAUAUAUUGUAGAUUUUAUAUGCAGGCCAUUUAUAACGACAUUCUUUGCAUGUAGGUCAAAAAGACCAGUACUGCUGCUUGGAGACAAGAGUCCCCCCAUCCAUUUGUUGGCUGUGGUCCCUGGUCUACAGCCAACAUCAAUCAGAUUUGUAGAGACAACACUUCUUAUGUAAACAGAUUCUCCCUCUUCAGUUGCAGAACAUGGUCCAUUGCAACAAAAAGGAGAAGGUAGAUUGAUCUUUAGUUGUUUUUGCUUCUUUUAAGCUGGCAACACAUUUUCAGAUACAAGUAUAUGCAAAAGAAUGACAAGUUUGUUUCACUUAGGGAAAAAUGUCCAAAAAAUGGCAACGCAAAUUGACGUCUUCUAUUGUGUGCAUCGCCCCUAUGUAUUUUUAAACUACUAAUUCUAAAGUAAUUCACAUAAUUCAUAUUUGAACUGAUGUUAUUAGACUUUCAUGUAAUAUGCCCUUUUAAGCAAUAUUUGAUUUUUGCAAAUAAAAUGUGUUACAUUUAGGUGAAAUUCAAAAGACAAGAUUUUUAAAUUUAAGAGGGGAGUAGCAGGAAAGUAAAUUGAAGAACAACCUAAAACCAUGACAAUAGGAUUUGUAAUAUUUGUAAUAUUAUUAUGAAAUAACAUUGCUUUAAAAUUCUACACAUCUUUAACCUUUCUGUUCUUCGGGGUUUAUAAUGCUUUUUGCUUACUUAUGUUUUCUGAGGCUUUUUUGGAACAGCUGCAUUUUUACAGUGUUACUGUUACUUUCCUCCAUAGAGAAACUGGUCACAACAGAUUUUAUUUAGGGAUGUUAUCUUCAGUAAAGCUGAAGUAUAUACAUGCCACACUUUUCAGAUUUUGGAAACCUUCGAUUAAUGUUGUUUUGCUUACAGUAAUGCAAUAGUUUUUGUAGGUUUAUCAUAAAAAAAUUAAGAAAAAACAAUAAAAGCAUGGAAUGUUAUAUCUCUCACAUGCCAAAAUGUAAAACAGUUUAAGGGUUUAUAUAUGCUUUUACAGGGCACUGUAAUGCUGUGAUAUGGCUUAUAUUAGUCGGGUGUGUACCGGUUCAUUUUCAAACCAUAUAAAAACGUACUCAGGCCUAGACUCUGAAGUCCAAGGGCAAGGAAAUCCCUUGUGACCUCAUCCACUACGAACUGCAUGACUUGCCAACAAUUCAAACAAAACAUAUUUUUGUUUUGAAUACAGCAAUGCAUGUCAGUCUUUAUGGGAUGGUCUCUUUUCCAUUCAUGUAUCCCUCCUAAUCAGAAUCUAGAGUUAAAAUGGAAAACAAGCAAAGAGACUUUCAGAGUUCCAUCUGUGAAUCAUCUUCUGUUGAAAACAUUCCCACUGCACUAAAUAUUGAUGUCAAAUGCAGGUUGGAGGUGACAGAAGCUCUCUUUGUAAAGGGCAACAUGUAUAUAAUAUUUCUAUAUUUUUUUCCGUUGGUAUAGCCAGAGCAAAAUAAGCUUCCCUCCCUACUCAUGUAGCACUAAUACUGGGAUUGUUUUCGAUGCAUGCAACCAUUGCAUUGAUGUUAUUUUUUUUAAGCCUACUUGUCGCGUGUUUUGAUAUUAGCGCUGCUCUUUAGGAAUAGCUUUGUACAGCAAUACAGCACAUACUUGCAAUGUAACUGAGAUCACUUUUAGCAGUUUAAAUUAUUGUUUAGAUUUAAUCAUCAAACAACAUCAAACACAAUGAGUAAAAAACAGGAUUUGGUGAGUAGCAGUAACAUUUAUUUUCUGUGAGCUAGAGAAAAAAAGACAUAAUAAUUGUUCCAGGGAAAGGUUUACAGAUACUUAUUGGCAGAAAUUGGAUUAUUUAUUUUCAUUUUUUUGCCUUUUAAUCAUUUAUCAUAACAUCCUUUUCAAAAGCAGUAUUUGGGUAAAAAUAAAAUAAAAUGGUUGAAUCUCCAUCUGUACAUACAGGCUCAAAUAUAAAUAUAUAUUAGAUCCAACUAAUAUUUGGUCAUAUCAAUGAUCUUAAAGAUUGAUUGUUUUCUAACCACCGACAAACUAUCUUACAUGAUAGUACUUAGAUGCACUCACUUAAAAUUAUUAUUAUAUUUUCAUUUUUGUUUCAAUAGGACUUAUGUAAGAGCAUUUACUUUGGCCUCUUUCAUCCAUUUUUAGUGAAAAUCUUUGAUGCUUUUUUUUGGCAUUACUAACCUGUUUGAAAACCAAGUUGUGUCACAGUUCCACACUUCUGUUUUCAGAGGAAAAGAUAAAAAAGUUUGAGGUGUUCCUCUUCACUAUAUGUUUUUCAUCAAAUGCAUGAGUAUCCCGGAACCAAAAAAAAGUCUUUAUUCAGUUUCUUCCAAAUCUUUGUAUUGCUUAAAUGAAGUUAUUUGUUUCCCCUGAUCUUAAAAAAAACUUCAGAAGACAUUUGGGUUGACCAUGAGGGCCUUUUAGAAAACAACUUACAGGGUAAAAAAAUCCCACUGUUGUUUUUUGAUUUAAAUAGAAUUAGGCAAAAUUAAAAUGAUUGGCGUGCAACAUGAGCUUUUUUCUUGUUUUAUUGUUAAAGGCAGGACUCUGGGUCUUGCUUGGGUGGAGAUCCACAAUCCUCAAUAACAAAACACCAAUGUGUUUAAUAAUAUCACCCUGUAAAAAAAUAAGUUUAAGGACAUUUCUGCUGUUAUAAGUGUGUGUAAACUUUAAAGAGAGGCUUCUUUUGUUCUUUUUACGGUGAUAAAAAUAUUUUUUUCUUGUCCAUCUGUUUGUCUUUCUCAUUGAGCAGCAUUGAUGUGUUAAAAUUUCUUAUGCAAUCAUUAUGUAAUAUUAACAACAAUAGAGUUUGGAUUAAAAUGAGUCAGAUUAUCCAAGAGUAAAGAUGAGUUAAUUUACAAAAUCUGCAGGGGGGACUUUGAGUUUUGAGAAGAGUUGUUUUUGUUUUUUGGUAUUUAUGUGCACUGAUCAAAGAGUAAUAAAGUUUCAUAUAAUGUUGAUCAGAACUAAAAUAUGCAGGCACUGGAAUAAAACAAUAUCAUUGUUUGUGUUUUGUUUUUUUUUUCUGUUUU